GUGGGGCUGACUGAGGCGGCGCCAUGAGCAAAGCGCACCCACCUGAGCUGAAGAAAUUCAUAGACAAGAAGCUUUCACUGAAGUUAAAUGGUGGCCGACAUGUCCAAAGGAUAUUGCGAGGGUUUGACCCAUUCAUGAAUCUAGUGAUAGACGAGUGUGUGGAGAUGGCACAAGGUGGACAACAGAACACUAUAGGGAUGGUGAUAAUACGAGGAAACAGCAUCAUCAUGUUAGAAGCCUUGGAACGAGUAUAGAUUAACCAGUGAACUCCUGCCUAGAGCUGUGAUAAACCUCCCCUUAACUCCAGCUGUCUUGUUAACUAAUGAGGAUUCUUCAGGAACUGCACAUUCCUCAUGUA